ACAACGUGGAAAAUGUACAGAUCGUAUAUUCCUUUGUAUCUCCUCUUUAUUUACGCGACAUCCGCAGAAUUGGAGCAUGAGAGUCCAAUAAAGUCAAUAGUACAAAAGACACUUAGGGCUACGGCCCGAGCUUGUAUGUCCAAGAUCAACGCGACAGAAGCAGAUCUAGAGUAUUUGAUAGAAGACCCGCCUUUUCCGGAGAAAUCAGCCUGUAUUGUUACUUGUCUACUGGAAAGGAUUGGCAUCGUGAAGAAUCAAAAGUACUCCAAAGUUGGAUUCAUAACUGUGGUCGCACCGCUGGUGAUGCAUAGCGAAGAAAAGAUGAAACACAUGAAGACCGUUGCUGAAAAUUGUGACAAAGAGAUCCCGGUCAACGAAUCAAAAUGUCAGCUCGGGAACGACAUAACAACCUGUAUAUUCAAAUACGCACCUGAGCUACACUUCAACAAGACCUGAUUAACAAG